GGUUUGAUUUUAAGAUUUCCUUUGGGGCUCCAAAUCGAGAAAUACUCUUCUCCACCGAGUUCCCAGGAAGCUCCACUUCUCUCCUGGAACGCCAUGAAUCUCUGCCGCUCUUGCUUCCUUCCUCCUCCCCACCACCAAUUCCGUACUCCUACACCUUUUCGAAGUCUCUAUGCUCCUUGCCGUUUAUUCUCCAUCAGGUGUAAUGUGCCAUUUCCAGCCGAGAAAACCAAGUUCCGGCGGGAGCUCCAGGCGGCAGUGGACGUGGUUCAGAGAGCUUGUCGUCUCUGCGUCGAAGUUAAGAGGUCUCUCCUUUCAAAUGGAGAUGGGGGAGUUGUUGAGAAGAAUGACCAGACGCCGGUUACAAUUGCAGAUUUCGGUGUUCAGGCGUUAGUAAGCCUAGAGUUGGGAAAUUUGUUUCCUUCGAUUCCUUUGGUGGCUGAGGAAGAUUCUUCUUAUCUGAGGACCAGUUUUAUGAAACCUGAUGAAAACGGGAACCAUGGAUAUAGCUCACUCGUGGAAUCUAUACUAAAGGCUGUGACAAAUAAUGUGAGCUGUAGGUCUUUGAGCUGUGGUGAUGUACUGCAAGCAAUUGACAGAGGAGGAAAGAGUGCACAUGCUUUUGGAUCAAAGCCUGCUACAUAUUGGGUACUAGAUCCAAUUGAUGGAACAAGAGGAUUUUUAAGGGGCACUGAGUCACUAUAUGUGGUGGGUUUGGCUCUGGUUGUAGAAGGAAGCAUUGUAUUGGGCGUUAUGGGCUGUCCAAACUGGAAAACUGAUUUUGUUUCUGACAGAGAAGUUGCCCCAGAAGAUGCUGAGUCGGAAAACCAUCAUAGUGGGCUAGGGAUCAUCAUGGCUGCUCAGACUGGCUGUGGAACAUGGAUGAAAAGAACUUCAGACUUCUCACUAAACAUUGAUACUAUUGGAUUACAUGACUGUUGGAUGAGGUGCUUUGUGGACAAAUGUGUUAAUGUGGAUGAGGCAAAAUUCUGCAUUCCAGAUAGUCAAUCAUGGGACUCAUUGCCACUAUCCACAUUCUUUGUUCCAACAACUGACAGUGGUAACAAUGGUCGAACAACUGACAGUGGUAACAAUGGUAGAACAAGACAAGUUGUUCUUUUGCCAACUUGCUGUGGAAGCUUGUGUAAGUACUUGAUGGUUGCUUCAGGCAGAGCAUCUGUUUUCAUUCUUAGAGCAAGAGCUCAAACAGUUAUCAAGGUUUGGGACCAUGCAGUUGGUAUGAUAUGCGUGCACGAAGCGGGAGGCAAGGUUUCAGAUUGGAAGGGCAGUCAGCUGGAGCUUGCUGCAGACAAAGAGGCACGGAGGAUCAUUUUUCCUUCAGGUGGAGUGCUAGUAUCAAAUGGUAGUUUGCAUCAGAAGAUUGUAGAAAUGAUCUCGAUCGACUCAUCCAUGAAUUGAUGUUUAUGACCGAGGGUAGGUACCAACUCCUUUUCUUUGAAAAAGAAAAAAAUAAAGCUUCCAUUCAUUUUAAAUAAUGUUUCCAUUAUGGCUAAUCCGAUCUCUUUAUUUUCUCUGAAAAUUGUUGGCUGAUUUUCAUAAGUGAAUUAGUCGUGUGAAUUGUCCAACAAAGAGAAUUGAUUACCCUCCUUUUCAUGAGAAAAUGGCUUUGUGCUUUUCCUUUUGACUGCUAUUUCCCCACGACCUUGUGGGAUUCUACCCUCCGAUGUUGAAUUC